AUGAACACCUUACCUCAACGGCCGCCAUCGCCACCAGACAGCGAAAAGGCAAGCUGUCUGACGACGGAUACAAGGGGAUCCACUGUGGCAAGGGUUGUUGGAGGACGACUAAUACGGCAAAACGAAUACUUCAUUCCACAUGAUGGCAUCAACGGCGAUAUUCUGGCGGCAGAACUUCCUUUCUAUCUCGGCAAUGAUGCCUCGCAAAGGCCAGGGGCAUAUGAAGACGAGCAAACGGGCCGCCUCAUCCAGGGUUACUACAUCACAGCCUAUAGAAACCUUACUGCGGCCAUGAUGGCUGACAUCAAAGCCGACUCUGCCAAACGAGAAGAGGAACGGGCUCGUCCUCAAACCGACUGCACCACGGAUCAAAAGAUUCAGCAAUGGCGAGAUGGCCUGCAUCCACCUGGUGGGUCCAUAUGA